CAUGGUAUUUUCCUAUGCUGCGCAUAUGGUCACUCUAAACCAUUAGUAAUCUCUUCGAUUGGAAAAACAAAUGUUUAGUUCGUAAUUAAUCAGCAUGGCGGAGUACCCAUGGCCCUGGCAGUACAACUUCCCACCCUUCUUUACGGUCUCAGACUACAGCCCCACGAGGAAACCAGACAACAGCAGCUGGAAGUCUGGGCAGAUCUCUUUCUCAAAUACCUCAAGGACAAGAAUAGGUUUUCGCUUAGUAUCGGGGACCAAAACUCGCCACUAUUCCACAACGAAUCCCUGAAGCGCCGCCUCUCGCCGGAGUUCGUCCUGACCAUCCUGGGCGAACUGGAGCGAACCGGGCAUGCGAAUCCGCUGGACAAGCGACGCCAGGAGUGGCAGGUGUACUGGUUCACCUUGGAGGAUUACGGCAACAUGGUGUACGAUUGGGUGCAGGUAACGGGUCAGACCAACACAAUCUGCACCCUGUACGAGAUAGCCUCCAACGAAGAAAAUAGCCACCUGGGCUUUUACGGCGUGGACGAGGCGGUCCUGCUUAGUGCCCUCCGGUUGCUGGAGGAGAAGGGCAGGUGUGAGCUAAUCGAGAUGGACGGCAGCCACGGCGUUAAGUUCUUUUAGGUGUCCAUGCUAUUUGUUAACCUUGUCUUGCUCCCCGAAUGAUGUCCUAGUACAUGAAAGAGUAAAGUAGCGUAAAGUGUA